AUGACCCAGGACUUCAUGAAGGGAUUGAAGGUGUAUCAAAUAUCUGAACUGAUUGUGAGGUGGGAAGCCUUCAACACGGAUGCCCUCAACCACCCUUCAAUCAGCCCUUCUUACGUGGUCAAACACUAUAAAAGCCUCAUUGGAAAGGACUUCAAGAUCAUCCUCCAGGCUGCCCCUUUUGUCUUUUUUGACUUCAUGAGCACAGCUCAAAAAGGCCACUGGUUUUCACUCUGUAUCCUAUCCACAUACAUCUUCCAAUCCAACAUUGCUGACAUGGCCACACACUUGGCUGAUCUCCGCAAGUACAUAGAUAUAUUUCUAUUUCACACCAUCCAACAGUCGGCAAGAUGGGUCAACAAACCCAAAUUCCACAUGUUAUUGCACUUGCCUGAGUCCGUGGAGCGCUUUGGGCCUGCAGGAUUGUUUGCCACAGAACAAUUUGAAAGCUUCAACAAGAUAUUGCGGUUGGCGUCAAUUCACUCAAACAGACACAAUCCAGGGAGGGAUAUCUCAAUCAGCUUUGCCGACUUUGAAUGUUUGCGAUCCAUUUUCUCUGGAGGGCGCUUGAUCAAUCACAGAUCUGGACAGACCUUCUUUGCCAGUCCUAAUGUGACCAACAUCUUCAGGGACAACAGCCUCAUUCGGAGGUCCAUGGGGUAUAAUGAUAACAUGGUAGCUGAUUCCCAUGUCUAUCCAAUGGAGAUGAUCACUCCAGUCCCCCAAGAGGAGAAAGAAUCCCCCCCACAUUACCUACAGGAACAUUUGGCUGGAUAUCACUUUACUCAGGUCCAUCAGCUGCACAUCAAUUCAAAGGAUGUUUGCAAGAAGGGAUACUUUGUGGUUAUUUUCCCCAGGAACAAAUCCCCAAAAUUCAUUGGGCGCGUGGAAUCUAUAUGGAAGGGACAAUUCCAAAACCGCAAGACUUUAUACGUCAAAAUCACACGAUUUCAAGUUAAAUCCAUCCACCAGUUCUACAACAUGACUGCACUUGUAAAUGAGAAGACCAUUGAGUUUUAUUUGGCCUCAGUAGGUUCCUCAUCUCCUCUCCCUUAG